GUUCCGGCUCUCAGGUGGAUUCUAUCCAGUCGCCCGUGGGCAAGCGAGACGUUAUUUAAGCAACGACACCAACAGCAACUGCCAGGCCUAAGCCAUGACCGCCUUCCGCGGCGUCUGGACCCAAGCCUUCUGGCGCUGCGUGGCCGCCGAGUUCGCGGGCACGGCCCUCUUCCUCAUGCUGGCCCUGGGCUCCGCGAUGCCGUGGCCCGACCAGGCCUCGGACCCCCUCCGCACGGCCCUCGCCUUCGGCCUCAGCCUGGCGGCGUCGGCCCACGCGUUCGGCCACGUGAGCGGCGCGCACCUGAACCCGGCGCUCACGGCGGCGAUGGCGUGCAUGAGGAAGAUCACGCUGGCCAAGGCCGUGGUCUACAUGCUGGCGCAGUGCGUGGGGGCCGUCACGGCGGCGGGUCUCGUCUACGCGGUCACUCCGCCCGAGGCUCGCGGCGACAUGGCGGUCACGCAGCUGCACAAGUCGCUGUCUGCGGGUCACGGUCUGCUCAUCGAGAUGAUGAUCACCUUCUUCCUGUCCUUCACCGUCUUCUCCACGUGCGACCCCAACCGACCGGAGCCGCGCAUCCCGGGCUCCGUCGCCGUCGGGGUGGCGGUGAUAGCGGGGCACCUGUUCGCGAUCCCAUACACGGGCGCCAGCAUGAACCCUGCUCGCUCGCUGGGACCCGCGAUCGUGUCGGCCAACUGGGACCAUCACUGGCUGUACUGGAUUGGCCCAAUGCUCGGGGCCGUGCUGGCCGGCGCCGCCUACGAGUACCUGCUGUGCCCCGACCCCGAGAUAAAGCGCCGCCUCAAGGAGGCCUUCUCCCGAGCCUCUCCCGCUCGCCAGCAAUCGCUGGGCGCCAAGUACGUGGAGAUGGAGGAGGCGGGCGGCGGGCGCGAAGACGGCAACCUGGUGUUCAAGCCCGGCUCGUCGCACCUCGCCGAACGCCCCGAGUCGAAGCCCAACAACAACAACGGCGGCACCGGCCACAACCACGGCAACGUGGCUGGAGACCCGGGAUCGUCCAGCGCAUGACUCCGAGGCCCCGCCGAGCGUGGGUACAGGGCCAUCGUACAGGAGCUGCAAGCUCGCUUUGCGGCGAUCAGAGAGACCGCCGUGUGAGAGGUGGCAUUUGUAACUUUUUUUUCCGAACGGGCAUCCUCGAGGCUUCUGAACCUUCCACAAAAAAAUAAUAUAAAAAUAUAUAAAAGUGAUUUCUUGCCCAAAGGAGCGUCCAGGCGGCGCUCGUCUGUUCACAGUCCUGAAGCAGUGGUGGAAAUUCCAUAUUCCUAUGGCGCGGGAGGGCGAGUCAAUGCAUAGGACGACCACUGUUGACUUCAUCACAAAGUGGUACUUAUUGUAUCCACCCCAGAGGGAUGAUGGGCUGAGUCAACCUCCCACCCCCCCCAACCGGGAUUUGAACUCGCAAACUUCCGAUUGCGAGCCGAUCUCUCACUGCCGCUGUUCCACCUGCCCUAGCUCGCCACACGCAACCUAAACGCCGAUCACGAUUAUCAAUAACACUGCGAUAUUGCCAGGCCAGAUUUUAAUUUGAGAUUUGUCAUCUUUUUUGUUUUGUUUUUUAAAGCGUAAACCUGCGUAGACUUGUUUACGUGUGAGGAAUGGCCCCGUGGGGGUAGUUGGGUGGGGGCUGGAGGGUUCUGACCCCCCCCUGCUAGAGGCUCAGUAGGGGGGGGGGGGCUGGGGGGGUUCUAAGCCCCUCCCCCCUGCUGGAGGCUCGGCCACCCUGCUUCAUGCGUUUAUGGCCGUAGUCAAUAAAUAUUGCCGCAAAAAAUACUCUGUACAACGAAGCAAUGGGCAUCAUUUCCAUAGUAUACACAGCGGGUGGGAGCCAGAGCGGAAUGCACGAUAGACGUUAGAGUCCAUGCCGUUACUCAUUCAGUUUAGCAUUUAACAUUUGUUUAAUGUUUGUUUGACCGUUGGGCGCAUCAUGACCCCGUGCAUAUGUUGUCUGUGCUCCCUUUAAACUGGGCCACACUGCGACAGCGUUGGUGAGGAGCAUUCGUUAUUUAUUUAUUUCGCUCGUGCUACUACGUAUGUUUAAAAAAAGUGCUUUCACUUGACGUGUAACGGGCAGGACACGUUCACUGGGGUGGAUGGCGGUGCAUCGCUUUGUCGGCGAACAAAAAUUGUCUUAUCGUGCGCGCAUCGAAGUGGUGGCAUGCGGGAAUCGAUUAUUUACGGAUUGCGACGAUGUUUAAGGGGGCGAACUGAACUGUACAAACGAUGGAAAGCAAACGACGAGGAGUCCGAACCGAGCCGGAAAAGAACAAUGCCCCCCGAGUGAUUGAGUUGAAUCAUGACCCCUAAAUAGUGACGACUCGCGGAGUUGGUAGGUGACGGGGUAGGAGGUCUUGGGUCAGGGUGAACCUGAACCUCAAGCCACCGUGGUCUUUAAAGUCCGCUUCGUGUAGCGCUUUGGUCACCUCUCAAAAUCAAUUGCGAGAACGCGGACCAGCAAACCCACUUCAACAGACUUGUCAAAUUACGCGAGUGGAGAAGUAGCGUCACCAGCAUGGGCCCUGGCAUCUGGGCAACCCGUUUAGCCCGUGGGCCUCGGUGCAGUUGCACCGCCUGCUCACCCAGUAGCUAGGCCGCUGCGUGACGCGCGUGGCAGAGAGACGAGCGUGACGCUUCAACGCCUGGUAUGGGCGCGCGACCUCAAGGUUUUGUGAGAAGGUCGUUUGUGACGUGCCCGACCCGCCAGCGGGCGUUAACGGGGGAGCGAUCGUCAUUUCGGUUGCUAAAGCGCCGAGCUGACACGCUGCUGCCGACGGGAAACGGGCGCCCAGCUUGUCGCUGCGUUGCGCGACGGUGAGCAAUGGGCAGCCAAGUUAAUCCAUUCGUGUGCACCGCUGCCGUUGAGCACGUCUCUGUUUUUGUUCAAUAUUCUUUCCUCGGCAGAUUUUUUUUUUAUUACCCAAUGCAAAGGGUGUAGCCUGCUGCGCAUACAUGGAAUACAAUGAACGGGUUUAGAGCCAUAUUAUUAGGUAACGCUAUUAUUAACUUGCUAAGUCUUGUUAGAUUUUAGUUUCUGCGGCAGGGAGAUACUUUACAUGCACAAUGUAUAUUUGGUCGGGGAUAUCAUGCAUGUAUCUGUCCCGAUCACCUUCAUCCCCACAUUAUCUACAGUUGUAAGAUUGAUGUCAAACAGAGGGCUUUAGAGCUCCCAGCUGUGACUGGUGGGAAUUUACAUCGCGAGCACGUGUAGAUUUUACGAAAUCGCGAUUUGAAGAUUCCCAUUUUGCACCACGGCAAUUAGAAGGCCGAGGUUAUUGCUGCGUGAUGGUGGCACGCCGACGUCCAGAAUAAAACGCCUCAUUCGAGACCCAAA